CUUGACAACUCUUCAUUUGUUUAUUAGUUCUCCAAAAACAUUUUUUGAGAAAUUGGGAGAUUUUGUCUAUGUAAGCAGGUAAACUGAGAAAAGCAAAACCAAAAAUAGCAAGGUAUGGGUCCAAAGGCUGUCACAUUCUCAGAAGAGGAUAAAGCCAUUGUGAACAAGCUGAAUGCCCUGCUGGACCAACUUCAUGUUCCAAGUCGUAUCAACACGGUGGCUGACAUUGGGGCUGGGGUGUUUGUCACAUUGUAUGAAGGGCUAUGUGGAGAACAGCUCCCAGGUAUAAUAAGGUCAGCCAGUACAAGAGAGGAUGAAAUUCAUAACUGUCAGAUUGUGAUAGACUCACUAGCUGGUGAUGUUCUGCACACGUCCCUCACUCACAUCAGUGGGGCAGAUGUUAUUGAUGGAAGCAGAGAGGGGAUCAACAACCUUGCUGAGAUAUUCUCAGGUCUGCUGGAAUACAUGCUCAACAAGAUUGAUAGCGAUGCUUCCACAGAUAAUGAAGAAGAUGGUCAGAAUUUAACUACUGAUGACCCUGAUCUGAUCACACGGGAACAGAUAGACGAGAUACUGGAGUCAGAACUGCGGAGAGAGAGGCUUAUAAAUGAGGCAGCGGGCAUCAAAAAUGCAGGUCCCACAGCUAGAUGGGUAGAAGAGUCUAGUCCACCCAGAAGGAGACGAGGAGAAGACAAAGAUGGCCUGGAUUUAACUGUAGAGGAUUUGUCUCUAUCUCCAGCAAAAGACCAAGUUGACUCCACAGCCGAUUUAAUAAGAGAAACUGAAGAGCUUGAGAGGCGUUUAUUGGAAGAGAAAAGAAUCCUUGAAGCAACAAAACAACAGAAAGAAAGACUGCUCAACAGUAGAACUGAUAGAGAAUCAAGAUUUACUGGGGAUACCGAGCGAAUGCCAGAACCCAAGACUUCACAGCCACAAGACUCGAACAGAGGGAGAAAGUCUCCUGUAGCUGAGAGACCAGAGAAAACUGAAGGUUUAGUUAGAGAGAGGGAGAGUAGGGCUGAUUUAAUACGGCGAUUGGAGAACGAUCCUCGGUACAAGUAUAUGCUGCCGCCUUCACAAAGUCAGACACAGGCACAGGAUGAGGAAACUGACGAGACAUUUAAAAGUCUACAGAAUAUGGUGGAAGAAACGGCAGCCAUGGCACGUGCAGCAGUAGACUGCAGCCCAUCACGUGCAAAGUCAAUGUUAGAGAAUUUAGAGGCAGUUAAUUCACAAAGGAGGGCGGUUGCUGCUUCUAAAUCUCCAUUCAGAGGUCAGGGAAGGUCAGGGGUCAAUGUUAGGUCAAGGAGGGAUCAGCAAGAUCUUAGACAAAGAACAAACAAACGUGCCUCACCCUCUGCUAGAAGAGCCAGUCCUAAAGCCACUGACAAACUCUCUGAUACUGAGCUUACACCAAGCAGGGCAAAGAGGAAGGUAUCAUUCUUGGUCGAGCGGUCGUUAACAGAUUCAAGUCCAAGUGUAGGAAACCCUAGUCCUGUAAAGGGAAGAACUGGUGCCAAAUCAAGAAGUUCAGCUGCUGCUAGUGGUAGUUAUCUGUCCUUUGAAGACAUGUACAGUGACAAGGAAAAUACCAGCUAUGAAGACAGACUGAAGAAACAGUACCAUGAUAUCCUGGCUAAUCUCUCGGAUGAAGGUUCACCAGAAAGGUUUCGAUCAGCUGCUGAUUACAGGAAGGACAAGUACAAACAACUGGCCAGUAGACCACGAGCUCUCUAUACAGUGGGAGAUACUCAGAAACUUGUAGAACAAGAAAAACAAUCUGGGAAGAAAAAGAUAGGUUUCUUGCAGAAGAUUUAUCGUGAGGAUUUAGAUGAGCUUCUAGAUGAAGCAGAAUAUCUGAUGGGUAAAAACAGACAGACAGCAAAAGAAAUGGAAAAAGAAUAUCAGAAAAAGAUGUUUUCGGGUGUAAAAACAAAGCCAAAAGAAGAAAAAGAAGGUCCGUCAGUACUAAAGAAGAAAACUCGUAGAGCUCAACCAAAGGCUGUCAGUAGUAAGGUGAAGAAAUCAACUCCAGGAACCAGUCUCGUCAAACCUCAAAAGAAAACAUUAACCAUCAAAGAUGAUGAUGAUAUUUUGCCAAUGUUGUUAGAGGAGUUUCCACAUUUACACCUAUCCCUUCACACAUGGCACGAGUUGUGGCGUAAAGGGCUUACACAGAUUGAGCAGGUAACUCGUGCUCACCAAGAAGUCAGGAGGAAAAAAUCUCAUGCUCAAAAUCAGUUGGAGGAAGCGGAGAAGAGACAGGAAAUUCUCGUAAACAUCAUGAAAAAAGAAUUGGAACACAACCAGAGAUUGAAAGAGAUAAAAGAACGUCAAGCAAGCGCUAUAUCAUCUCGUAACAAGAUCCAUGAGAGACGUAUGCAGUCAGCGAGAUCAAGGCAUUAUUACGAUGAGUACCAAGUUAGAAUGAGAUCCAAAAUGUUAAAGAGAAGAACUAGAGAAGAAAUGGUAUUCAAAAAGUUGUUCAAAGAUGGUUUGGAGAUUCAGAAAGAAAGAAUUUCUGAACUGAGGAAAUACGCUAAGGAGCAGAGAGAUGGUCAGGCAAAAACACAGCGAGAUGAGAUAGAAUCUAUGGAAAAUUAUUAUCGUGACCAAUUCCAAAUGUUAGCAGAGAAUAUUGCCAAGGAGAAGAAGGAAUUAGAAGUCCGGGAGAAAGCUCAGCACAAGGCAUUAUCCACAAUGAAGAAAGAUUUACGAAAGAAAAUGGAAGGUGAGAUUAAGUUGCUGCAGGAACAACUAGUCAGAGAUGAUGAUGAUACGUACUUCCGACAGCUAGACGCUGAUAGAGUUAUACAUGACCUAAAGAUGGCCAAAUAUCAAGUGCGGGUCUAACAAGAGUUCUCUCAUAAUAGAUGCAAUUCUCUCCAGCAAAUAUUCAUAUAUUGUUGCAUAACAUCCAGACUCUGACAGUAGAGUGACUUUUGCGGACAUGUAAAAAUGUAGACAUCUUAAAAAAUUUAAUCACACAUCUCAGCGUGUUUAUAAUGACUUAGAGUAGAAUAUUUAAUGGAGAGCAUUGUAUUUGAUAGGGUUGAUCUGUGAUAUUUUAUUGUUAUCACUGUGUUUUUAUUAUUGCCAUCACUGUGAUUAUAUUGAAACAAUGUCUGUCGUUUUGUGCCGAGGAAAGAAGCAUUUAUAUAUGAAACCUUUAUUAUUUAUAGUGGAAUAAUUCUCAUGGAAUUUUUUAGUUGUCAUUGGUUCACUUCUGAAGUCAAUGUUCCUGUGAAAUAUCUGUUUAGGUUGAAACCACAAAUUUAAUGCUGAAUGAUACAGGCUCGUUAUAAACAAAACAACGUGAGCAUUUAAAGGUUAAAUCUUUAUCGCAUAUUUGAUGUUGUUUGACACUGUAGGAGUGAAAUAAAGCCAUUUUAUAAUUUUGGUAUUAGGCUAGUGAAAUAACAUUUCAACAUUGGUGUUGUAGAGGAAGCAAAGAUAAUGUUGGUCGAAUUGACUUGAUCUAUAAUAGGUAAAGAAGGAAGAUAUUUCAAUGUUUCAGCGGAAAAAGCUAAAAUGUGGUAUAACGAAUUUCUCUGUCCAUGUUGUACGAAUGUUAAAUCACAAGGUCUGGUAUUUAAGUUGAUAACAGCAUCAUUAGUUUGUAUUUUUAAAAGUAAUGAAGCAUUCUUAAAUGUACCAAACAAAAAUGAUACUUAUAUUUGUUUUUUAUUAAACUCAUUAAAUAAAAUGAUAAAAUGCUGGGCAGAGUCUCUGCAUUUUAUUAUAUUGAACUUGUUAAAUAAUUUCAAAGACACUCAGGUUAGCUGCUUUGUGCAGUUUUGGUCCUUUUUUUGCCUUUUCAUCAUGAAAUAAUUUUGUGUUUUCUUUCUUGUGCCAAAAAAAAUAUUGGCACUGUACCCCUACUAUUGACAGAUGAAAUGAUUAAUUCAUCAAAGCUAUAUUUGCGUAUGUUUCACCACAUUUAUGCAUAAAAAUCCAAAGGAUAGUAGGCUCAUUCAGUACCGCCAGUUUCGAAAGACCAGGACCCGUAAUCAUAAAGCUCCUAAGGAGAAAACUUAGGAAAAUCCUUAACUUUGUAAAAUUUCCUAAACAACAUAACACAAAAGAAAAGUGUAGACUUUAUAAGAUUUAUUGAUAAUCUUCAUUGCUAUGCCAGACUAUAUGUGACAAUAUUGUUAAGACAUUCCAACUAUCUCGACGAUAGUCCACAAAAUGCUUUGGAACUUUUCCCUUAGUUAGUCCCUUAUGGAAAAUUUUCCCUUAGGAGCUUUAUGAAUACCGGCCCUGGACUAAAUAACUAUAUCUGGCUGGAAAGAUGUGUGGGUCUCUUCCUCAGGAAACUUCAGCUUCUUCCCUAGGUCUACCAGCAAUCUCUCACUUCUUGUAUUCAUGUAGAAUACCAGUACUUGUUGAUGUUGGAGACUUCUUCCCGCCUUCUCUGACAGUGUUCAUAGAUUCUGGUCUUGUCCAGUUAAGGGGUCUUCCAUUCUUCCUCUCUUUCUCCAGGAUGUCUGCUGACUCACAAAGAACUUGCUCGUAGCCCCAUUUUACAUCCCAUAUUUUUGGUAAAUUUUAAGAAUAUGGUAACCCCUAUGUCACAGUUAAUUGUUGUAUACUUUAUGAAAAUUGAAUCUACUUCCAUUAAACACAAUUUCACAUUCUUGUUUUAUUGCACUAAAUAUCUUACAGUAAUCAUGUUAGUGUAAUCCAAUAUUUGCCCCUCUGUUUGUCUCAGAUAAGAUAUUUAUACAGAAAGAAUUCCCGAAGAAUUCAACAAAACAGCUUUUUAAUGGACCAAAAAAUGUUAUGGUUUAAUCUGUUAGUUGUUUUUAUUCCCCCUUUUUAGGACUUAACAAAUGUUACAGUUACAUCUUUACAUUUUGUGCUCAGUGCUAAUGAAAUGCGGUAUAGGUCAUCAGAAUGAAGUGGAUAUGGACACAGUAUUGCGAAUUUUGCAUAAGAUUUUUUUUUUGAGUUUGUCUCGUUUUUUAGCUCAGCUGUCACAAAGUGACAAGGUGAGCUUUUGUAAUCGCGCGGCGUCCGUUGUCCGUCGUCAGUCCGUCCGUGCGUGCGUGCGUGCGUCCGUAAACUUUUGCUUGUGACCACUCUAGAGGUCACAUUUUUCAUGGGAUCUUUAUGAAAGUUGGUCAGAAUGUUCACCUUGAUGAUAUCUAGGUCAAGUUCGAAACUUGUUCACGUGCCAUCAAAAACUAGGUCAGUAGGUCUAAAAAUAGAAAAACCUUGUGACCUCUCUAGAGGCCAUAUAUUUUACAAGAUCUUCAUGAAAAUUGGUCAGAAUGUUCAACUUGAUGAUAUCUAGGUCAAGUUCGAAACUGGGUCACGUGGGGUCAAAAACUAGGUCAGUAGGUCUAAAAAUAGAAAAACCUUGUGACCUCUCUAGAGGCCAUAUUUUUCAUGAGAUCUUCAUGAAUAUUGGUCAGAAUGUUCACCUUGAUGAUAUCUAGGUCAAGUUCGAAACUGGGUCACAUGGGGUCAAAAACUAGGUCAUUAGGUCUAAAAAUAGAAAAACCUUGUGACCUCUCUAGAGGCCAUAUUUCUCAAUGGAUCUUCAUGAAAAUUGGUCAGAAUGUUCAGCUUGAUGAUAUCAAGGUCAAGUUCGAAACUGGGUCACGUGGGGGUAAAAACUAGGUCAGUAGAUCUAAAAAAAGAAAAACCUUGUGACCUCUCUAGAGACCAUAUUUUUCAUGAGAUCUUCAUGAAUGUUGGUCAGAAUGUUCACCUUGAUGAUAUCUAGGUCAGGUUCGAAACUGGGUAACAUGGGGUCAAAAACUAGGUCAGUAGGUCUAAAAAUAGAAAAACCUUGUGACCUCUCUAGAGGCCAUAUUUUUCAAUGGAUCUUCAUGAAAAUUGGUGAGAAUGUUCAGCUUGAUGAUAUCUAGGUCAGGUUCGUAACUGGGUCAUGUGCGGUCAAAAACUAGGUCAGUAGGUCUAAAAAUAGAAAAACCUUGUGACCUCUCUAGAGGCCAUAUUUUUCACGAGAUCUUCAUGAAAAUUGGUGAGAAUGUUUACCUUGAUGAUAUCUAGGUCAAAUUUAAAAGUGGGUCACGUGGGGUCAAAAACUAGGUCAUUAGGUCAAAUAAUAGAAAAACCUUGUGAUCUCUCUAGAGGCCAUAUUUUUCAAUGGAUCUUCAUGAAAAUUGGUCAGAAUUUUUUAUCUUGAUGAUAUCUAGGUCACAUGUGCUCAAAAACUAGGUCACUUUGUCAAGUAAUAGAAAUAACGACGUCAUACUCAGUUCAACACUGGGUCAUGUGGGGAUAGGUGAGCGAUUCAGGACCAUCAUGGUCCUCUUGUUUAUUUAUUCUAUCAAGCAUUUUUAAUAUUGGCAUCAUUCUUGUUUAUCAUUUUCUUUUUUAAAGACUCACAAUACAGUUUGAGUCAUCGGUACAUUUAGAUUGUUGUAAAUUCUUGAAUGAAAUAGAAUGUGUUUGGUUUGUUGAAGGUAAAUGGUUUAGACUGGAAUAAAUGAUAUGCUAGAAGUGUUUUAUCACAAUGGUUGAAAUAAAAAAUUUCUGAGGUUUGACAACACAAGCACUUCUUGUAAGAAAUUUAAUAUGUAGUUUUCAAAACUGGGUCAUCUGGGAUCAAAAACUAAGUCAUGUUACCACUAAGAAAAUUAAAAUUACUAGGAUUGUUCAGGUGUAUUGAUUAGAAAAAAAAAUCUGGCCACCAGAGGGCGAUGCUAGUUUUUAUAUUUGUUUUAUACCUGUUUGAGCUGUGAAACAAUCUAGGGUUAGUACAGCCUUCUUGUUUAAUGAAAUUUGAUUUCUUCAAUAUGCUUUCAAAAAAAAGUGAAAAAAUAAACAAAAAACAAUUAAUUAUGUCUCUCAUAAAUAGAAUACAUUUAGGAGAUAUACUUGAGAAUUUCUAGAAACGAAAUUCUCAGUAUAUGCAUUUCUUUAUCCAUUCUUUGCUUCAUCAAGUCCAUUUAGCAAAAAAAAAGGAGUAACUUAGUUAAUUAUUAUACUGAUAUAGAAAAGCUACAGUCCUGCGAAAAUUUUUUAUAAAUAUACUCGAUAUAGCAGGAACACCAAUAAAGUAAUUUUAUAGAAGGUUUAAUAGUACUAUGAUUUGCUAGAAAAAGUAUUAAAAUAGCAUAUACUUUAAAAGUGAACUUAGGACUUUUAGACCAUUUCAACAUGCAUACACUUUUGAGGUUUGGUGUAUUAUUCGGCAAAACAAGUUGGGGCUUUACCAGUGGGAAAUGUAAAUAAUGUUGUAUUGAGUCUUGUGUAUAUAUUUACAGAUGUGAACUUUAUAUUGAUAUUUCUAGAAAAUAAAAGAUAUGUUGAUAA